CAGCACUCGCCUCCCAGCAUUAUGUGAGAAACCUGCUGACUAUACAUUGGGGACAGGAAUAAAUCCCCGGGAGCACUUUCCUUCUACAUAGGGAAAAAAGCUUACUUACAGAAUUGCAACAAAGCUUUGUGGGGCAUUGAGAUUGAGAGUGCUCAAUAUGGUGUACAGCUGCUGUGUUGAGGAAGCCAAUGAUGAAAGACAAGAAAAAUAAGUAUACCAUUCUUUUUCUGAAACGGCCGCACUUGACAGAGAAGGAAAAAGCAACACCCAGAAUUAUAUCCUGUAUUAGUAUCUCAAGAAAUAUUUUAACUGGGAAAAGGAUACAUCACGUCUUUGGUGGUGCUUCUUGUCUUAUUUUAGGAAAGGCCGGUGUUCCUUGUAGAGAGUUGAAUAGAAUCCACGGAUGUGACGCUUAUUCAGAAAAAUAACAAAGAUUGGACUUUUUGGUGGUCCAGACUCUGGAAUCAUGAACUAACAAAACCCACCAUCUGCAUGCCUUCCUCCCAUUCAAGGGCCACACUAUUUAGGAAAUGGAUCCUGUGGAUACAAGGUUGUUCAGAGUAACUGUCCUGCACGAGUAUGUCGGCAGCAGGACGUAUGAAGUGUCCCCAUCAAUUACUAUUAAGGACAUCAAGCAGCUGAUUUUUGGAGAAACCAAUUUUCCAGUCUCCGAACAGAGACUUCUGCUCUACAACAAAGAGUUAUGUGAUCAGACCAAGAUUGGAGAAGUGGUAUCGUCAGACUCCUGUUUAUUUCUAAAACUGCAGGCGAGAGGGCUAAAAGGAGGAGGGAAGUUUGGACAGACAACCCCUCCUCUUGUUGACUUUCUCAAGGACAUAUUAAGAAGAUAUCCAGAGGGAGGACAAAUUCUCAAGGAGCUGAUCCAAAAUGCUGAAGAUGCUGGUGCCACCGAGGUCAAGUUCUUGUAUGACGAAACACAUUAUGGUACUGAAUCCCUUUGGUCAAAAGAAAUGGCUCCAUAUCAAGGGGCUGCUCUCUAUGCAUACAACAAUGCAGUUUUCACUCCAGAAGAUUGGCACGGAAUUCAGGAAAUAGCAAGGAGUCGGAAAAAAGAUGACCCACUCAAAGUUGGAAGAUUUGGAAUUGGAUUUAAUUCUGUCUAUCACAUAACAGAUGUUCCCAGUAUUUUCAGUGGUGACCAGAUUGGCAUGUUGGAUCCACACCAGGUGUUGUUUGGACGCCAUGAAUCAGGCCAGUGUUGGAACAUUAAAGAAGACAGCAAAGAAAUAAAUGAAUUUGUGGACCAAUUUGCCCCUUUUAUUGGUAUUUUUGAAAGCACCAAGGAAACAUUUACCAAGGGUUAUUUUCCUGGGACUUUUUUCCGAUUUCCGCUCCGCGUUCAACCCUCUUUACUAAGCAGCAACUUGUACAAUAAGGAUAAAGUUCUAGAACUGUAUGAGUCCUUUAGAGCCGAUGCAGACACAGUACUCCUUUUUCUUAAGAAUGUCGAGAAAGUGUCUUUGCACGUGCGAGAAGCAGAUGGGUCUGAAAAGCUUAUCUUUCGAGUUACCGCAAGUGAGAACAAAUCAGUGAAACAUGACAGACCAAACUCCAUAAAGAUUCUUGAAGAAGCCAUCGAUGGGUACUGCAAAGGAGUUCCUAGCAACAGCAUAACAUGUGUCACAUACCAUGUAAAUAUUGGGGUGGAGGAUGAAAGUGUCAAGGAAACACAAACAUCAUCUUGGUUGGUUUGUAACGGUGUGGGAGGCCGGGGUAUUUGCAAUGAAUUAGACUGUCUUGCCGAUGAUUUAAAGUUUGUGCCUGCUAUUGGAAUAGCAAUGCCUUUGUGUAGCAAUGGGGCUGAAAAGGGAGCUGUGUCUGAAUUUUCAGGAAGAGCCUUUUGCUUUCUGCCUUUACCUCCAGGGGAAGAGAGCAAGACGGGACUCCCUGUUCAUAUAAGUGGUUUUUUUGGAUUAACAGACAAUCGAAGGAGCAUCAAAUGGAGGGAACUGGACCAGUGGCGAGAUCCUGCUGCUCUUUGGAAUGAACUUCUUGUGAAAAAUGUGGUCCCCAAAGCAUACGCCACUCUUAUUUUGGAAGCCAUCAAAAGAAUGGAGACAGAGGAAAACCCAGAUUUAACACUUUCUGCAGAUAGCAUCUACGGGGUAUGGCCUGACAUUGAGAAAACAAGGCCACACUGGAAGCCGAUCAUUGAGCCUUUACUGAAGGAGCUAUUUCAGAACGCUGUUAUAUAUUCUACCAGUAAUUGCUGGCUGAAAGAGGCAGAUGUUAAUUUCAACGAGAUAGAUGAAAGCAAAGAGUAUGCAAAAACUAUCCUGAACUACCUCCAGAAUUCUGGGACUCAAAUUGCUAAGGUACCAGCUAAUGUUGCUGCUGCAUUCCAAGUCCCAGUUAAUAAUUCAAAGCCUGUGAAGAAAGUCACUCCUGCCCUCCUGAGACAAGUUUUAAGGAAAUCUGGCCAUAGAGGACCCAUAGACGAGAAACUGCACCUUCUAGAGUUUGUGCUGGCUGAUGAAGCCUACAGUGAUCUCCUUGGGUUGGAACUACUCCCUUUGCAAAAUGGAACAUAUAUUCCUUUCUCUUCAUCCGUAUCAGAUAAAGAUAUAGUGUAUAUAACGUCAGAGGAGUUCCCAAGGACGUUGUUCCCAGGUCUAGAUGGAAGACUCCUGUCUGAUAACCUGCCACCCAAGAUUCUAGCAGCACUGAAGAAAGCUUCUACAAGCCGAGGGAGGCCGUGCACUCAACUUCAGCACUUAAAUCCUGAACGUGUUGUGAGACUUUUUAAAGAAGUUAUGAACACUGUGUGGCCCACAAGGGACCUGGUCGUGAAGUGGCUUCCAGAAAAAGACAAAAAACAUCCUCCUGUAUCAUGGCUUAAAAUGAUCUGGAAAAUUUUAUACAUUCAUUUUCCUGAAGACUUAACAUAUUUGGAAGAUUUGCCCCUUAUUCCUACAGUGGAACUGGAAGAUGAUGUCACAUCACUGGAACUCGUUCGCUUGAGGAGUCCUUCCCCUAUCAUUCUUGAUGAUAUAUCUGAUUCCCAGCUUACAGAACCUUUACCUGAAAUAAUUCAAAAUCUUGGUGGGAUUGUGCUCAAGAGUUUAGAUCCUUUCAUACAACAUCCUCUUCUCAAAAAAUAUAUUCAUCCUCCCACACCUAGUGUGCUCCUUCAGAUAAUGGACAGGAUGUCACUGCAGAAACUGUCUAGUCAGAUUGCUACACUUACUCCUGGCUAUAAAGAUGUGUUGAGACGAUUUCUUGCAAGCUCAACAGACAUUAAUGAGAAGGAGAAAAAAAUAGUCCAGGAGCUGAUGAUUUUCCGAAAAAUUGAACAGUCAGGCACACAAAAAAAUAUUUUCAUAUACUUAAGAGGCUGCAAAGUACUGCAUCACAAUGCAAGAAUCCCACCAAAUAUAAGGCUUUCUUUUCCAGUAAUUGAUAGCAGCGAUGAAGAAACUAUUCGGUUGACAAAGAUGUUGAAAGUUGAUCAACUAAAAAGCACUGACUGCCUUAAAAUGAUUUUACAAGACAUUGAAAAGGGAUUUUACACUGUUGAUGAAAGGACCCAAAUUAUGCUUUGGGUUCUUGAAAAUCUGACUUAUCUGAAAAAUGAAAAUUCUGCUACAAUUAACUGGCUGGUGCCUCUUAAAUUUAUACCCAUUUCAAGGGACAAACUUGUAGCAGCAAAUGAACUUUUUGACCCAGAGGUGGAUGUGCUGCAGGAUCUCUUUUGUGCUGAUGAUCAAAUGUAUUUCCCACAAGCUCCCUUUAUAACAUCAGAUGUACUGCAUUCAUUAAGACAGAUAGGUUUAAAAAAUGAAUUUCACGUGGUUGAAAAAGACAUUAUACAGGUGGCAAAGAAAAUUGAGCAUUUGCAUAGUGUAUCAGCUGAAAAUGAAGAACUUAUUUUAAGAAAGUCUAAAACACUGUUAAGCAUUUUGAAGAAAGAUCAGAAGCGUCUACAGUCUCCAGAAGCAAGAGCUCUGUUAAAGAAGAUUAAAUGGAUUCCUCCUGUCAAAUGCCGUCCACCAAAUUAUCCUAAUUCGUUGGUUUGGGUGGGCGAUCAAUUCAAACUUUAUUCUCCUGGAGAAAUAUGCAAUGUUUGUUGUGCUGUUUUAGUUGGUUCUUCUGUUCCACUCGUUGAGAACUUACAUGAGAGUAUUGAAAAGUCCCUUGGUAUUACUAAAGUACCAAACAUUGACUCUGUCUUGAAACAUUUAAAGGUUGUAGUUGACUGGAACAAUUCAAAAACUAUAACCGAUGAGGACUAUUAUCAGUUCCAACAUAUAUUGCUGGAAAUCUACAGUUUUAUGCAGGAAUGCCUUGAUAAAGGCAAAGAUUUGUAUAAAGCACUGUCAUUUUCUUGGGUCUGGACGGGAAAAACAUUUUGUUUCCCAGACCAGGCCAUAAUAAAAUCAGUGCAUAGCCUUGACCUUCAACCAUAUUUGCACAAUGUCCCAAACACAAUGGUUAAAUUCCACAAGCUUUUCAAAUUUUGUGGGUCGAUUGAACAGCUGACUCCUGAACACAUCUUUGUGGUUAUAAAAAAAAUAUUUGAACAAAGUCAGAAAAACACAGAUAAAGAGGCAGACAAGCAGAAUAUUAAUAUUAUGCUCAGCAUUAUAAGGUGGUUGUAUAGUCAUCAGGUUUCCACAAAUUUAGACAUGCCGUUACCUGUCCAUUAUAACAAAGACCCUUCCAAGCUUAUAAUGAAGCCUAUUCAAGAAUGCUGUUAUUGCGACAUUAAAGUUGAUGACCUCAAUGAUUUGCUCGAAGAUUCUGUGGAGCCCAUUAUUCUGAUACAUGAAGAUAUACCAAUGAAAACCGCCGAGUGGUUGAAUGUGCCUUGCCUAAGCACCAGGCUGAUUAAUCCAGAAAAUAUGGGAUUUGAGCAAUCGGGGCAAAGAGAACCUCUUACAGUACGGAUCAAGAACAUUUUAGAAGAAUAUCCUUCAGUAUCGGAUAUUUUUAAGGAACUCCUCCAAAAUGCUGAUGAUGCUUCAGCCACUGAAUGUAAUUUUAUGAUUGAUAUGCGAAGAAACAUGGAUAUAAGGGAAAAUCUUCUUGAUCCAGGCAUGGCAGCGUGUCAUGGUCCUGCUUUAUGGUCAUUCAACAAUUCUGAAUUUACAGACAGAGAUUUUUUAAACAUAACAAGACUUGGGGAAUCCUUAAAAAGAAUGGAAGUAGACAAAGUUGGAAAAUUUGGUCUAGGAUUCAACUCUGUGUACCAUAUCACUGAUAUUCCAAUUAUUAUGAGCAGGGAGUUUAUGAUUAUGUUUGACCCUAAUAUAAACCAUAUUAGCAAACAUAUUAGAGACAAAUCUAACCCUGGCAUAAAAAUUAACUGGAGUAAACAACAGAAGAGACUACGUAAGUUUCCCAAUCAGUUUAAGCCAUUUUUGGGUGUUUUUAACUGCCAUCUGCCACUUUCAGUCGAAGCACCUUACUGUUAUAAAGGAACACUUUUCAGACUUUCCUUCAGAACACAGCAAGAGGCAAAAGUUAGUGAAAUCAGCAGUACUUGCUACAAUACAGCAGAUAUCUAUACACUUGUGGAUGAAUUUAGCUUGUGUGGCUACAGGCUUAUCCUCUUCACUCUGAAUGUAAACUCGAUGGUCCUAAAAUACUUAAAACCAGAAGAAUCGGACCCGACUUUUGCACAACACAUAGUGACAAUUAAAAAAUCUGAAUGCUCUUCAAAAACUUUAACAAAACCCACCAGCAUUUUGAAGGAAGCUGCAAAAGUAAUGCAGGCUUGCAGUACUUCUAAAAAGUAUCCUUCCGAUAUGCCAAAAUCUUCAUGUAUCAUACAGAUUGUUGUUGAGGAGUUCCAUCAUGUAUUUAGGCGAAUAGUUGAUCUCCAUUCCCCUUUAUUUAGAGGUCCAGAAGAUGAGCCUGCAGCUUUUUUUGAAAUGGCCAAAUCUGGACAGACAAAACGAAUGACAGAGGAACUACCACAAAAGACCAUGGAUUCCUCAACAUGGCUCAUAUGUUCUUGCAUGGAUAUUGGAGAAGCAUUAAGAUUUGCACUGAGUGACAGUGGCAAAAGACUUGGACUUGUGCCUUGUGGUGGUGUUGCAGUGAUGCUGUCAGAAAAUAAGGAUGGCAAAUGGACCGUAAAACCUUUUUCCAGUAAUGUUGGAGAGAUUUUCUGCUAUUUACCUCUUCGAAUCAAAACUGGGUUGCCACUUCACAUUAAUGGAUGCUUUGCUGUUACUUCAAACAGGAAAGAAAUCUGGAAAACAGAUACCAAGGGAAGGUGGAAUACAAUAUUUAUGAGGCAUGUCAUUGUUCGGUCUUACCUAGAGGCAUUGUGUGUUUUACGUGAUAUGUCAGUUAGUGGUGAGCUACUUAACUACAACUACUACUCCGUAUGGCCUGAUCCUGACUAUGUGCAUGAUGACUUCUCUGUAAUUUGCCAAGGAAUCUAUGAAGACAUUGCCAAAGGGAAAGGCAAAGACCGCAUGAAAGUGUUUUCUGAUGGAUCCUCUUGGGUUGCCAUGAAACAUGUAAGAUUUCUAGAUGACUAUUUACUUAAAAGGCAAGAUAUUGGACCAGCAGCUUUCCAGAUAUUCUUAAAGUACUUAAAACAAACUGGUCAGAAAAAUCUUUGCGCUGUAGAGCUUCCCUCUUGGGUAAAACUUGGUUUUGAAGAGGCAGGGUGUACAGAUGUGCUACUUGAUAACACAUUCUCUGAAAGACAGUUUUUUUCAGAAGUAUUUUUUCCACACAUUGAGGAAAUCAAGCCAGAGUUGAGGGAUCCUUUAAUGCUUUUUGUAUUAAAUGAAAGGAUACAGGUGUAUGGGGAAAUUCUGAAAGUUACACCAUGUAUUCCAUGCUCCAGUGAUAGUCACCAUUUAGUUGUACCUUCAAGAUUAAUACACCCAGAAGGCAGAGUUGCAAAAUUAUACUAUGAAAGUGAUGGUAGAUUUCCUUUUGGAACCAAUCAGAAUUAUCUGAAUCCAGUUGUGCUGGUAAAACUUGUUCAGCUGGGCAUGGUAAAAGAUGACAUUUUGUGGGAAGACUUAAUUGAACGCAUUGAAUCAAUUGCCGAAAUAAAUACUAUUGAUCAUACUGCUGCUUGUGUACGAAGCAAUAUUAUUCUAAGUUUAAUUGAUGAAAAACUUAGAUUCAGAGAUCCAAAAGCCAAAGAAUUUUGCACAAAAUGUCAGACCUCUACAUUUUUGCCAUUUUUAACAAAACCAGUGGGAUUCUCUUUAAACUGGAAAGGAAGUGACUUUAAGGUUGAAGAAAUGUUUUCAGCUACUGAUCUCUACACAGUUGAACACCAAGAUACAGUCUGCCUUUUGAAACCCAUUCUUAAUGAAAACUCCCCUUCUUUUAAGGGUUGUGGGCCGAUAUCAUUGGCUGUCAAGGAGUUCCUGGGUCUGUUGAAGAAACCGUCCUCUGAACUGGUGAUUGCUCAACUAAAUGAAGUUGCUAAAUAUUCAGAUGGAAUCACUCUGUAUCAAGAAAAUAUAACAAACUCCUGUUAUAAAUUUCUCAAUGAAUCAGUGUUGCAGAGUGAUGCAGCAAAGUCUUCGAUUGUUGCAAAGCUAAAAACCUCAGACUUUAUUCUUAUUGAGACUAUAUAUGUGGGUCUAGAGAAAGUUUCCUUCCAGCUGAAUUUUGAUGCAGCACCGUACCUUUUUCAGUUGCCUAACAAAUACAAAAAUAAUUUUAGGGAACUUUUUGAUAGUGUAGGUGUAAAACAUACUUAUGCCAUGGAAGAUUUUGCAUCAGUUCUUGAAAAUAUUAAGAAUAAAAGCAAUGGAGGAAAAAUUACAGAAAAUGAUUUUCAGCUUUGUAGAAGAAUAAUUAAUGAAGGAAUAUGGGGACUUAUUCGUGAGAAGAAUCAAGAAUUUUGUGAAAAAAAUUAUGGGGAAAUACUUCUGCCAGAUUCAAAUCUCAAUCUUGUUCAGGCAAAAUCCUUAUGCUAUAAUGAUUGUCCAUGGAUACGGGUGAAAGAUACUUCUGUAAAAUAUUGCCAUUCUGAUAUUCCAAGAGAGGUUGCUGUAAAGCUUGGGUCAAUACCAAAAAGGCAUAAAGCAUUGGAAAGAUAUGCUUCUAACAUCUGUUUUAAUGCACUUGGAACAGAAUUUGGACAGAAAGAAAAACUUACCAGUAGAAUUAAAAGCAUUCUGAAUGCUUACCCAUCGGAGAGAGAGAUGCUAAAGGAACUUCUUCAAAAUGCAGAUGAUGCAAAAGCAACAGAAAUAUGCUUUGUUUUUGAUUCCAGACACCACCCAACAGACAGAAUAUUUGAUGAAAAGUGGGCACCUUUGCAAGGACCUGCAUUGUGCGUAUAUAACAACCAGCCAUUUACUGAUGAUGAUGUAAGAGGAAUACAAAACCUUGGAAGAGGCACAAAAGUGGGGAAUCCAUGUAAAACAGGGCAGUAUGGCAUUGGAUUUAAUUCUGUGUAUCAUCUUACUGACUGCCCUUCUUUUAUCUCAUCCAAUGACAUUAUCUGUAUCUUUGAUCCUCAUGCAAGGUAUGCCCCUGGAGCAACAUCUCUGAGCCCUGGUCGCAUGUUCAGAGAUUUAGAUGCUGAUUUCAGAACACAGUUUUCAGAUGUAUUAAAUCUAUAUCUUGGUAAGCAUUUCAACCUGUCAAAUGCCACCAUGUUUCGGUUUCCUCUUCGAGAUGCAGAAAUGGCAAAAAACUCAGAGAUUUCUCCUGUCCCCUCCUCGGACAGAAUGGUUCAGAAUCUCCUUGACAAGUUACGUACAGAUGGAGCGGAGCUUCUCAUGUUUUUGAAUCACAUGGAAAAAAUUUCUAUUUGCGAAAUAGAGAAAAGCACUGGAGUUCUAAAAGUGUUGUAUUCAGUAAAAGGGAAAAUCACUGAUGGCGACAGGUUAAAGAGGAAACAAUUUCAUGCAUCUGUAAUUGAAAGUGUAACUAAGAAAAAGCAACUAAAAGAUAUUCCAGUGCAACAGAUUACAUACACAAUGGACAUUGAAGAUUCUGAAGGCAAUCUUACCACAUGGUUAAUCUGCAAUCGCUCAGGCUUCUCCAAUAUGGAAAGAGUGUUAAAGAGUGUUAUAUCUGCACACAAGAAUGAAGACAUUACUCUGUUCCCUCGUGGUGGCGUUGCAGCAUGCAUUACUCACAAUUAUAAAAAACCAUACCGAGCUUUUUGUUUCCUUCCACUAUCCCUUGAAACUGGUCUUCCCUUUCACGUCAAUGGACAUUUUGCAUUAGAUUCUGCAAGACGUAAUCUGUGGCGGGACGAUGAUGGCGUUGGUGUAAGAAGUGACUGGAACAAUAGCUUGAUGACUGCAUUAAUAGCUCCUGCUUAUGUUGAGCUCUUGAUUCAGUUAAAGAAAAGAUAUUUCCCUGGCACAGACCCAACAAUUUCUAUUCUGCACAACACACCGAUACAUGUUGUAAAGGACAUUUUGAAGAGAUUUUUGUCAUUUUUUCCAGUUAAUAGACUAGAUUUGCAACCUGAUUGGUACUGUCUUGUUAAAUCAGUGUACUCUUGCAUUCAUGCCGACUCUAAGCGUCUUUUGCCGGUUGUAAGAGCUCCAAAUGUUGAUGGAUCAGACAUGCAGAGUGCGGUCAUCAUUACAUGGGUCACUAUGACUGCAGCAAACUCUAACAGAGCAUUUUUUGACAAUUUGCUGCAAGAUGAAUUGCACCACAUGAAAACCGUAGAAUACAACAUAACCACCCGCAAGACAGUAGCUGAAAAUGUUUAUAGACUUAAACACCUGCUUUUGGAGAUUGGAUUCAACUUAGUUUACUACUGUGAUGAAACAGCAAACCUUUAUUACUGCCUUGUUGAUGCCGGCAUCCCUGUUACCUAUGCAACACCUGCCGAUGUCCGUAAGUUUUUAAUGACUUUUUCCUCUCCUGACACAUGUUGCCAUAUUGGAAAAUUACCAUGCCGUCUUCAGCAAACAAAUCUGAAAUUGUUUCAUAGUCUAAAGCUUCUAGUAGACUAUUGCUUGAAAGAUGCAGAAGAAUGUGACAUCCAGAUUGAAGGUCUGCCACUUUUAAUUACACUCGACAAUGUUCUGCAGAUGUUUGAUUCCAAAAAUGCCAAAUUUCUAACAACAUACCAUGAAUUAAUUCCAUCCCGCAAAGAUUUGUUCAUGAACACUCUGUAUUUACGAUAUACUCAUAUUUUGCUCUCAUCGAAAGUAGCCAAGGUGUUUGACAUUAACAGCUUUGCUGAUUUGCUCUCAUCGGUGCUGCCAAGAGAAUAUAAAACGAAAGUCUUUGUUCAAUGGAAAGAAAAUUUUGCAAGUGAAUCUUGGCUUAAAAAUGCGUGGCACUUUAUCAGUGAAUCCAUUAGCAACAAAGAAGAACAGACAGAUGUGACUACGGUAUUUGACACAGUUGUUGAGACACUAAAGGAUUGGGCUUUACUUCCAGGUAUAAAGUUCACGCCAUCAUCUAGUAAUCUCAUUGUUCUAGAAUGUGAAGUGCUGCUGCCAUUUAGUCUGAUGCAUAUUGCAAUUUUCCCAAAUGCACAGAGUGAUAAAGUGUUCCAUACCUUGAUGAAAACAGGGUGCAUCCAGCUUGGACUAAAUAAAAUGUGUUCCAAAGACAAUAUCUUGCUUCCUCUACUUUCAGGGCACAGUGCCAAUAUAGAUAAUCCAUUAAGCAUCCUCAAAGCUAUCCAACAUAUGAUUCAGACGUCGUCAUUUAGAACAGAAAAAUUAGCAGAGAGCGACUUUGAUGCACUGUUAAUGUAUUUUAACUGCAAUUUAAAUAAUUUGAUGUCUGAGGAAUCUGUUAGCAUUUUGAAGUUACUUCCAUGCUUCAAAUCUAUAAGUGGAAGGUUCAUAACCCUUUCCAAAUACAGCACUUGUUAUGUACUUACAAAAAGUAUGCCUUCAGUUGAAGUAGAUAAAUGGUCAUAUUCUUCUUCAUAUGCUUUUCUUGAGGAAAAAGUACACUUAAAGGAAUUGUACAGUGUUCUUGGAUGUGUCCCAGUGGAUGACUUAGACAUUUACUCAAUGCACCUUCUGCCAAAAUUUGAAAAUUUGUCUUACAAUGCUAAACUGGAGCACUUGAUUUACCUUAAAAAUCGAUUAUGUAGCAUUGAAGAGACAUCUGUACUGAAAGAGCAAUUGUUUGCCCAACUCGAAGAACUUGCCUUCAUACAUGAUGCUAGCAAUCGUCUUAAGCCUGCAAAGCAUUUCUACGAUAGGUCUGUAAAGGUUUUUGAAGUAAUGUUGUCUGAGAAAUUAUUUAUACCUCUAGAUUUCUUUAAAAGACUGGAACAUAUUACAAAACCAAAAAACCAAGCUGCUUUUCUCACAACAUGGAUCAAUUUUCUUCGGAAAAUAGGACUAAAGUACAUGAUUUCCCAGCAACAAUUAUUACAGUUUGCUAAAGAAAUUGGCAUGAGAGCGAACACAGAAAACUGGACCAAAGAAGUGCUUCAAAACACUGUAGAUGUAAUUCUUUAUCAUGUCUUCCAGGAAAGGACUGAUUUGUUGUCAGGGAACUUUUUAAAGGAAUUGUCUUUAAUUCACUUUUUAUGUCCUGAAAGGGCACCUGCAGAACUUGUAAGAUUUCAUCCUCAGUAUCAAGAAAUAAAUGGUACACUCCCUUUAAUACGGUUCAGUGGAGCACAAGUGAAUCCAAAGUUCAAGCAAACAGAUGUUAUGCAAUUACUUUGGACAUCUUGUCCUAUUCUUCCAGAAAAAGCAACACCGUUGACUAUUAAGGAACAAGAAGGAAGUAGCCUUGGCCCACAAGAACAACUGGAACAAGUCUUAACAAUGCUGAAUGUAAAUAUGGAUCCAUCACUUGACAAAGUUAUAAACAAUGGUAGAAACAUAUGCAACAUAACAGCAGUGGAUGAUGAAAUGGUCAAGACAAGAUCAAAGGUUUUAAGGAGUAUUUAUGACUUUCUUAGCACAGAGAAAAGGGAAUUCAAGUUUCAGCUAAGAGGGAUUGCCUUUAUAAUGGUUGAAGAUGGAUGGAAACUUCUGAAGCCUGAGGAGGUUGUAAUUAAUCUUGAAUAUGAGGGUGACUUCAAACCUUACUUAUACAAACUGCCUUUAGAGCUUGGAACAUAUCAUCAGUUGUUUAAGUAUUUAGGCACUGAGGAUGUUGUUUCAACAAAACAGUAUGCUGAAGUGCUAAGUCGAAUAUUCAAGAACUCUGAAGGAAAACAACUUGACCCAAAUGAAAUGCGCACAGUCAAAAGGGUUGUUUCUGGCUUACUCAAAAGCCUCCAAAAUGAUUCAGCGAAGGUGCGCAGUGACUUUGAAAAUGCCCGUGAUAUUGCUCUUUAUUUGCCAAGCCAAGAUGGAAGACUAGUAAAAUCAAGCAUUCUAGUGUUUGACGAUGCACCACAUUACAAAAGCAGAAUUCAAGGAAAUAUUGGCGUUCAAAUGCUUGUGGAUCUCAGUCAAUGUUACAUGGGAAAAGACCAUGGCUUCCAUACAAGAAUUAUAAUGCUUCUUCCACAGAAGUUAAGACCUCGUCUACUUAGUAGCAUCCUUGAAGAACAACUUGAUGAAGACACACCCAAAUCAUGUCAGUUUGGAACACUUUGUUCUCUACAGGGAAGGCUGCAAUUGCUUUUAUCUUCUGAACAGUUUAUCACAGGGCUUAUAAGAAUCAUGAAGCAUGAAAAUGACAAUGCAUUUUUAGCAAACGAGGAAAAAGCCAUAAAACUUUGCAAAGCAUUACGAGAAGGCUUAAAGGUGUCCUGUUUUGAAAAAUUACAAACAACUUUGAGAGUAAAAGGAUUUAAUCCAAUACCCCACAGUAAAAGUGAAACCUUGGCAUUUCUGAAGAGAUAUGGACAUGCAGUGAUAUUGCUUUACAUACAGCAUUCAGACAGCAAAGAUAUAAAUUUUUUGUUAGCACUGGCAAUGACCUUAAAAUCUGCAACAGACAAUCUAAUUUCUGACACAUCAUAUUUAAUUGCCAUGCUAGGGUGCAAUGACAUAUACAGAAUCAAUGAGAAGCUUGACAGCCUGGGUGUAAAGUAUGACUCUUCGACUGAGCAAUCAAAGCUUGAACUUCCCAUGCCUGGUACACCUAUUCCUGCAGAAAUCCACUAUACCUUACUCAUGGAUCCAAUGAAUGUUUUCUAUCCAGGGGAAUAUGUUGGCUAUUUAGUGGAUGCUGAAGGAGGGGAUUCAUUUGGCACCUAUCAACCAACAUAUACAUAUGCCAUAAUUGUUCAAGAGGUUGAAAGAGAACAUGAUAACUCAGGCUCCAUGGGUAAGUUUUACCAGAUUGACAUUGGAUACAGUGAAUACAAGAUUGUAAGUUCUCUUGAUUUGUACAAGUUUUCUAGACCAGAAGAGACUGUUAACAAUAAAGAUAGUGCCCCUUCAACCCCAACAAGCCCAACAGAAUUUCCACCUCCUGGUCCUAGAACUGUACCAGCUGGUAAAGAAAGUAAUAAAACAUCAUCAUCUGCCAGGCAUCAGUCACCCAAAAAGAUGAAAUUAAGUUCUUUGCCUGAAAUACUUAGGGAAGUUACCACAGUUAUGGAACAGGCUUGGAAACUGCCUGAAACUGAAAGAAAGAAAAUUAUCAGAAGACUUUACCUUAAAUGGCACCCUGAUAAAAAUGCAGAAAACCUUGACAUUGCAAAUGAGGUUUUCAAACACUUGCAAAAUGAAAUCAACAGGCUAGAAAAACAGGCCUUUGUUGAUCUAAAUGCAGACAGAAGUUCAAGAAGAACAUUCACGACUACAUCAACAAGAUUUCAAUCCGAAAAAUCUUCAUUUCAAAGGUUUUACACAUCUUGGAAUCAAGAGGCAACGAAUCACAAGUCGGAGCGACAACAGUACAAAGAAAAGUUUUCAUCUACCACAAGCACAUAUGACUCAAAGCGCUUCUUCGUUCCACCCACAUUUAAAUCUGUUGGUAACCCAGUAGAGGCUCGGAGGUGGCUAAGGCAAGCCAGGGCUAAUUUUUCUGCUGCAAGAAAUGAUAUGCACAAAAAUGCCAAUGAGUGGGUGUGCUUUAAGUGCUAUCUCUCAACCAAGUUAGCCUUGAUUGCAGCAGACUUUUCAGUCAGAGGAAAGUCCGACAAAGAUGUAAAGCCAACUGCACUUGCUCAAAAAAUAGAGGAGUACAGCCAGCAACUUGAGGGUCUAGCUAAUGAUGUUCAGACUUUAGAAGCUUAUGGAGUUGAUGGCUUAAAAACUCGCUAUCCUGACCUGCUUCCUUUUCCACAGAUUCCAAACGACAGAUUUACAUCAGAGGUUGCAAUGCGGGUAAUGGAAUGCACAGCUUGUAUAAUAAUAAAACUUGAAAAUUUUAUACAAAAUAAGUAAUAAUUGUGUAGCUUUUUAGAAGGUUUAAUUUUCAAAAAAAAAGUGUCAUUUAGAGGAUCUAGAGGAUGCAUAGUGUUUGUAUAGGUCAGCAAAGUUCCUUUAUAACAUGGAAACAAGAAUGUAAAUCAGUAAUUGGUUAGAUCUCUAUUUUAAAGAUUGGUAUACUGCAAAACCCUAAAAUGAUAGCUUGUGUGCUUCACAAAUUUGUUGGGUAUGAAGAAAAAGGUACGCAAUAGUAACUAACCAUAAACAAGAGAUUUCUCUCAUAGUCUCAUGUUCUUUUACCAUUUGCAUAGUGGAAUAAUUUGCACAGUUUAGCACAUUGGCGUAAUAAAUUAUGUAAGAUUUUUUGGGGAAUACUCCCUUCAUUAUCAACCUUUGUUACAUCACAUCCAGGUUUAUCAAAAUUCGUAUAUUUGAGUUCUCUUUCAUUCGAAAAAACUCGUAAAUUCUCCAAUGUGCGCAUAUCUAAGAAUAGACUGAAAAGCAGUGAAAUCACAUUCUACCCUGCCAUAGUUUGAAAUAAUCGGUAACACUCAAUUUGAAAAUUAAGGGGAUUUGCCAGCUUUUAGAUGCUAAAUUUCUUUAUCUUUUGAAUUUUUUAGGACUUAAUAAAUUUUAAAAAUGUAGUUUUGGAAAUUCAGAAUUGCAAGCGUUGCCGCAACAAUCGCAGUUAAAACUGAAACUCUAAUGUUUAUAAAGCUGGCCAUUAUGGUAGUUUAACUUAUUUAAAGUCCUUAAGUGAUUUUACAUUUUUGAAGUGCUAUCUUAUCCAGAACGUUUGAUCACUUCUUAGAAAAAUAUAGUUUUGGGGUAUAUGCUAUCUUAUACAGGUGUUAUGUAUAAAUUAUAAACAUGCACAGUAUCUUACUUGAAACAUUUUUUGUGCAUUUCAACCAUGGUAAAAAUUUACAUUAAAACAUCCAAACAAAGCUUUUUAGCAUAACACAACAAUGCAGUGUCUCCCCCCGGUCAGCCUCAUGUCAGCCACUCCCUCCUGACACGUUUUGCACAGGAGUUUGAUCACUUCUAUUUAGGAACAGUUAUCCAAACUAUGUGGCCCAUUUAUCAAAAUUCGAGUUUGAGUUUGAUCACGGUUGUUGAAACCAAAUAUUUUCUGAAACCUCGAAUAGUCAUGAUUUAUGUAUCAAAGCUUAUUGAUAAUGAAUGGAACAAUGUGAUUUUCACUGGUGUUACCUGCAAAAAAGUGCAAAUAUUGCAUUUGCGGUUUUUUUUUCUUGCCUUUUGCAGCGUUAAUAAAUUGGAUUCUACAGAAAUAAAGGCAGUUUCCUACAUUAUGACAGCACCAUGGCCAGAGAUGAUUGGUUAAAAACCAAGUAACACUGAUCAAAAUGCUUUGGGUGCCAUAACUUUAUUUCCUCCACCAAUUUGAGAUUUACUGAAUAAGUCCUCUUGUUUUAAAACACUUUGUUAGCCUUAACGCUAAAUGUAUAAUGUAAAUAAAAGAGCUAUAAAAUAUUAGAUGUAUAUAAAAAUGAAUGUCAGUUAUCGUGCAGACAAUUAAAAACGCACUUUAUUUAACCAAAAGCUGAGCAGCACAGUAGACAAUCCCUUCCACCUUCUUAGAUUCCAGGACAUACUCCGACUUCAGUAUUGUCAUAGAGGCAAGUGUGAAGCUUUAAGCCAGGAAAGCACAUUUCUUCCAGUUGUUUUCCAUACACAUAAUGCUCUGAAAUCAGCUAGAUCUGGUUGAAUCUUCAUGCAGAACAAAUGACAGUUAUACUGUCUUAUAACUCAGCUUCAUCAUAGCACAUCAUUGUUGACUAUUACCCUUGCUUUGUAUCUGCUAUAGCUUUUUAUACGGUGUAUAUUCUUAAUUUUCAUUGCAAAAAUCUGCUUUGUUACACCAUGUUUUUUUAACCAUGUAAUGAGGAUAAAUUACUGUUAAUAAUUUUAAGACAUGCACUGAAACUGAAUAUUUUCAGUUGUUUCAACAGAUGCUGGAGCCUUAAUUAUCUGACUUGUUUUGUACCCAGAACAAAAUGUGUAAAAGGUCUGUAGAUGAUUUUAAGUUAUACUUGUCAUUUUUGGUCAGAGGUGAAAUACACUCCAGGUUUUGCUGAAUUUCUUUUUAAUACAUGCCUUACAAUGCUUUGUUUCAUCAGUACUGAUCAUUUGUAAUAAAAAAACACUUGUGGAAAAACAAGCACUUUGCAUUUUAGUUAUGAAUUUGGUGCUUUUGUUUAUGUGCAACUGUGGUGCCUCAUAAAUAAACCGAAAUACAACA